AAAUCAUAUCUUUGAAAACAUGUCGAUCAUUCCAAGUUUCUUAAGCGGCAGGAGGAGCAAUGUGUUCGACCCAUUCUCCCUAGACAUCUGGGACCCCUUUCAGGGCAUCUCCAGCACCCUCAGCAACCUUCCCGAGUUUUCGCAAGAAACCUCAGCGAUCGCAAAUGCCAAAAUUGACUGGAAAGAGACACCGGAAGCUCAUGUGUUCAAGGCGGAUGUACCCGGGCUGAAGAAGGAAGAAGUGAAGGUGGAGGUUGAGGAAGGAAGGGUGUUGCAAAUUAGCGGUGAGAGGAGCAAAGAAAAUGAAGAGAAGAAUGACAAGUGGCACCGGGUCGAGAGAAGCUCUGGCAAGUUCUUUAGAAGGUUCAGGCUGCCCGAGAAUGCGAAAAUGGAUCAAGUCAAGGCUACCAUGGAGAAUGGGGUGCUUACCGUGACCGUGCCAAAGGAGGAGGUCAAGAAGCCAGAAAUCAAGUCCAUUGAUAUCUCCGGCUGAUUGAUUAGUUGGUUUUGGAACUAUGGGUUUGUAUAUGAUGUCGCAAUGAUUAUUGUGAAUUUGUGAUAAUGUGUACUAGUUUUAUGUGUCUUGAUCGUGGUUUUGUAUGGAAGUGACUGAUGUUUUAAACUUUUUAUGGAUAUUUUGAUUGAAUAAAAAAGUCUUCUAUUAUCAA